GGCCGCAGCCGCCUGCAGAGACCUGCAGCCAGCCAACGCCAGCACUAUGGAGCGCACCGGAGCCGGAGAAAUAAAUUCCAAUGAGUGUGAAAAUGUGUCAAGUAAAAGGGAAAUGUCGGAAGAAUUUGAAGCCAACACAGUGGAUUCUCUGGUAGAUUUGCCGUUUGCUACUAUCGAUAUUAUAGAUGAUUGUGGAAUCACUGAUGUACCUAAGAUAAAUUUGGAGAGAAGUAAAGAAAAUGAAUGGAACAAUAAAGAUAAAAUAAAGAAGAGGAAAAAAAAGCAAAAAGAUUAUCAACCCAACUAUUUCCUAUCCAUUCCGAUCACCAACAAAGAGAUUACAAAAGGAAUUAAGAUCCUGCAAAAUGCAAUAAAACAACAAGAUCAGAGACUGGCCAAAGCAAUGAGCGGUGAUGGUUCCUUUCAUAUUACCCUGCUAGUGAUGCAGUUAUUAAAUGAAGAUGAAAUAAACAUGCCCCAGCAGGAAUCUUGUGCUUCAGCAGAACAUGCCAUUGCAAUGCCCAGAAAGAACAGUGGUAUUGAUGCUCUUUUGGAAUUAAAACCAUUUGUGGAAGAAAUCCUCCAAGGAAAAACUUUGACUUUGCCCUUUGAAGGGGUUGACACUUUUGGAAAUCAGGUUGGAUUUGUGAAGCUGGCAGAAGGAGAUCACAUAACCCCACUUUUGGAGAUAGCAGAUGCUGCAAAAAGGACAUUUCAAGAAAAAGGUAUCUUGGCAGGAGAAAGCAGAACUUUUAAGCCUCAUUUGACCUUCAUGAAAUUGUCCAAAGCACCAUGGCUCCGGAAGAAGGGAGUGAAAAAAAUAGACCCCAAAUUCUAUGAAAAAUUUAUCAGCCACAGAUUUGGAGAAGAAAUGGUACAUCGCAUAGAUCUUUGCUCCAUGCUGAAGAAAAAGCAAAGUAAUGGUUAUUAUCACUGUGAGUCUUCAAUUGUGAUUGGCCAGAAACCUAUUGGAAUCCGGGACUUAAUUAAUGAAGCUUUGCGUCGAGAGAGGAUGGGUCUGCAGUCCAAAGUGAAACAGAUAAAGGAACUUUUAUUAAAGCCUGAGACUCAGGCCAAAAUUAGGAGGGAGCUUUUUGAAGGAAGAUUCAUUAACAACAGUAAUGAAGGAAAUGAUGUUGAUUUCAGCGCAAUUUUGACGUAAGCUCUACAUUGCUAUCGUGGUACCAGAGUUUAUGAAAUCUUUUCAGCUCAUUAAAUAGCUCUUUGGUAAAUACCACAGAAGUGUUCUGAUAGAGUCUGCACAACAGCAAACCAACAUUGGUAAGGAGUUAACAAUCUCUUACCAAAGAAAACUGAUUCUGCACUGUUAUUUUUAAGCUAAAUGUUUUAGAAUGUUUAUCUCUAUAAUACCGAGAUUCAUUUUAUAGAAAGGACUUCUUAAUUAGCCAUUGUGAGAUGUUCGUUGAGUCCUCACAAAUAAAAUAUACAGACCGUGGAAAAUCAUCUACAGACAAAAAAAAAUUACAGUAUUUUAAGGGUAACUUGUCUCCUGUUGACAUGAUUUUUGUUGUUAAAUCAAAAGAAGCAUUGUUCACAUGUAUCUAUGCCUAGUGUUACUUUUAUUAUUUUAUUAUUUUUUAUUUUUUAUUUUUUUGUGGUACGCGGGCCUCUCACUGCUGUGGCCUCUCCCGUUGCGGAGCACAGGCCCCGGAUGUGCAGGCUCAGUGGCCAUGGCUCACGGGCCCAGCCGCUCCGCGGCACGUGGGAUCCCCCCAGACCGGGACACGAACCCGCGUCCCCCGCAUCGGCAGGCAGACUCCCAACCACUGCGCCACCAGGGAAGCCCCUAGUGUUACUUUUAAUGAGACUUUGAAUGUUUAUU